AUGGAUGACCUUACUUCUGCACUGGAGGUGAUCCGGAAUUUUUUGAUGAAUGAAAACACAAAUUUUCCGCCACAACAAAUAUGGAAAAGUUUGGAACGGAUUCAGUUGGCGGUGAACGAGAAGUUUAGCUCCACUAAGGUUUCAAUCCGAAAUGACUACUUUCACAGCUAUUUCGAUCGCCUAAACAUAUUUGCCAAUAUUUGUAAGGGCGUCAACCACUCUAAAGUCGACGCCAAUUCAUUUCCUAACAGCUACAGGAAUUUAACACAUCGCUUAUCUGAUUGCACGAACGAUGGAUCAUAUACUGGUGAUGAUUUGGACGAUGGAAAGGCUAACAAUCAAAAUUGUGGCGCCAAGAAUAGAAGGGCGGUGAACAAUUACACCGCUAGGAGCGAUACCGAUAUGGGUAACGAUUAUAACUAUACACUCAUAAAUAACCUGUCCAAAAACUAUUGCGAUCUGGGUAAUUAUUGGGACUUUGAUUUCUUAGCCCAGUACAAGAAUGUGGAUGUUGUCAAUGCAAAAGGCCCAGUUGUGGUUUUUGGGUUUGCACUGCUGAAAAAAACCCUUUCAAAAUUCCAUCCUUCAUGUUUGCAAUAUUUGUUGCCUCUGUUAAUGGAUAUACAAAGGGAGUACCAGCCGAACCAUUAUCACAACUCGUUACACGGUGCUAUGGUUGCACAUCUUGCGGUAAUUUUGUCUCGGGAAAUUGGAGUGGAGGCACUCUUAUCAAGCUACGAUCACGUGGCAUUUGUCUUGGCGGCUCUGGCACAUGAUGUGGGCCAUCCAGGAAGAAACAAUUUAUUUUUGGCAAACACUGCCAAUCCCCUAUCACUAAUAUACAAUGACAUUAGUACACUGGAGAACUAUCACUCAUCUCUACUAUUCCACAUUUUGCGUUGUCAUCCAGAAUUUGUCAACCAAUUUGGCGCGAAAGACUGGCAAAACAUGCGCAAACGCAUCGUGGAACUGAUACUCGCUACGGAUAUGCGAUGCCACUUUAAUCAUGUAAAUGAAAUUAAGGAAAAGCGCCUAAGUGGCAAUUUUGACCUUUGCAACCAGGAGGAUAUGUGGAAAGCACUAGUGAUAUGCAUGAAAGCUGCCGACAUCGGCCAUGUUGCUGUAAAUUGGGAAUCUCAUCUGCAAUGGACAAAGUUGGUUACUGACGAGUUUUACGAUCAGGGCGAUGAUGAAAAGAGACUCGGGCUACCAGUAUCAUUUCUUUGUGAUCGAAACUCUGCCGACCAACUGCCUUCUACGCAGAUAAACUUCUUAAAAUGUAUCGCUAUUCCCCUUAUGGAAGAACUACAGCACCUAGAAACGGAUAAAAAGUUUGUUAGCAACACGGUAAUCGCUAAUGUGAAUAAUAACAUAUCAGAGUGGAGUAAAAAACUCUCGCCCAAAUAA